CAAAUAUUAAAUGCUACUCCACAACCAAGCGGGUACAAAUUUUCUAUGCAAGUACAGUCAGUAGAAUACUUUCAAAGUGAAUUGAUUUGUUGGUGUUAUUUUUAAAGUUUUUCACAAGAUAAUUUAGUUUUUAUCUAAAAAAACAAAUAAGCAAUUAUAAAGAAAACCUUUUAAACAUUGUUUAAAUACACAAAACCCAGUGACAUUCUAGCCUAAACUAAAAAAAGCUUUUUUAGCUUCAAAUUUAUAAAAACUUCACACAAAACCAAACAAACAAACAAAAUGACAGACAAACCAAAACGUCCUCUCUCCGCCUACAUGAUCUGGCUUAACUCUGCCCGCGAAGGUAUUAAACGUGAACAUCCCGGCAUUAAGGUAACAGAAAUCGCCAAAAAAGGCGGUGAAAUCUGGCGUGGCAUGAAGGACAAAUCGGAAUGGGAAGCCAAAGCCGCCAAGGCCAAGGAAGAUUAUGAGGAUGCUGUUAAAGAAUUCGAGGCCAAUGGUGGCAGUACAGCGAAUGGUGGUGGUGCUGCCAAGAAACGUGGUAAGGCUGUCAAAAAGGUAGCGAAAAAGAGCAAGAAAGCCGAUUCUGAAGAAGAGGAAGAUGAUGAGAGCGAUUAAAUUAUAUAAAUAAGUAACACACACACACUCAAAAAAAAAUAAACAAAAACAAUUCUCACAAGCAGCUUGCGCAGCAGCCAACACAACACAACAAAUUGUAAAAAAGAAAAACAACAACAAGAAAUUUGUUAGAAAAAACUUACACUUUCCAACUUGUAACUUUUGUUUUGUUGCUGUUAAGUUAAGGAAAAUGUUGAGUAUUAACUGCCAAAAUUCCCACCAAAAAUUUGUCACCACAACAACUUAACAGCAGCUUAAUACAUAAUUAAUUAAUUUUAAGAUAUUCUUAAAAAAAAACAAAAACAAACGCCCCCCAAAAACAAAAGCAACAUAUUCUUUUAUUAUAUUUGCAAGUUUAGUAUUAAAAAUAAGAGGUUUUUGAAUUAUAUAAUAAUAUUAAUUUCUAAUCUUAUGCCAAUCUUUAAUUAUUAAUUUAUCUUUUAAAACAUUGUUAAACUUAAUAUAUUGGUCAUUUGAACAAAAAAAAACAAACAAACAAAAAUUGUAAAACUGUGUAACCCACAAGCCUCUUAUAUAUAAUUUAAACAAACAAACAAAAAAAUAAAGUUUUUUUUCUUUUUCAAACAUUUUUUGUACAAAUCAUAAAAAAAAAUUAAUUUAAUUUUAAUUAAAAAAACUAAAAAAAUAUAUUAAAAAAUCCCCUAAAAACACUUAAAACAAACAUUUUUAUUCUUUACCAAAACAAACACAAAAACUUAAAGAAUGAGUAUCCAUACAUGUGCAGCUGCUUGUUUUUUUUUAUAAAUAUAUAAAUUUAAAUAUAAAUAUUAGUAUAUUUAA